GGCCCAGAUGCGGUAAAACGUAAUUUUGGCUAUGACGUUGCAAAGUUAACGUCGACAAGCACCUGCAAAUUAAUUUUUACUGACUAAUUCCCAAUGUAGCUUAACUAAUUAUAUGAUGAUAGAUGCUUACCACGUGUGCGAUUUAUUGUUAUUAUCUAUUUAAAUUAAAGUCCGCAAUAUCUAUUUUUAACCUGGUUCCGUAUUUUAGCCUUAUCCCGUAAGUUUAUUACUUCCCUUUCUGAAAUCGAAAGUGGAAGUGAAAUGUCAUCGUCAUGAGUCAAGCAAGUUUUGUAUCGUGUAGCUCAAGUAUUCCAUCAGAAAUAACAGACAAACAGGACGAGGAGUUUAUUGAAGAGCUACAUAUUGUUGAUGAACUAUAUUUUACCCAAGUUGAAAGUUCUCAAAGUGAAAAUCUAAGCGAUGAUGACGGAGCUCUUAUUAACUUUGAGUCUGAUGAUUCAGAUUCGGAACAUGAUGACAACUUAAUUCAAAUUGACCCGUCAGAUGAAGACAAUCGUGAAUAUAUUUCACAGGCCAGAUUCAGAAAUGACAGUUGUGGGUGCAAAGAGUUUUACGGGAAGCCAUGUAGUCAGGUAGUGUCCAUGGAUACAAUCAUUGAAUUUCGUGAACAUUGUAAAGAAUUGUCAAGAGAUGAAUUAGAUUUAGUUAUCAAGUCAGAACUGUUCACUCACAGAAGAUCAGGUGACUUAACCACAGCUAAAAAGCAUAAACAAAAAGACAGGGAGAGACCAUUUCAGGAAUUUUAUUUUGCUGGACAUCGAGUAUGUCGCCAGACUUUCUGCUUUGCUCAUGGAAUUGAAAAAAAGAAGCUCCUUGUAAUUGCAAAGUCAUUGGAUAAUGAUGGUCUAACCCCCAGAGUUCAUGGCGGUAAGGGACGACAUGUAAAACAUGCAUUGGGAUUUACUGAUACAGACAGAAUAAAAUCUUUUCUACAUAAAUAUGCAGUCGACAAUGCACUGCCCCUGCCAGGUAGACUUCCUAAUUUCAGAAACUCUCAGGUCCUGCUCCUCCCUUCAGAUAAGACAGCAUUUGAUAUUCAUGAGUUAUAUGAAACAUUAGCAGUGGAAAUGAAAUAUAGGAGUGUAAGUUUACGCACUUUCCAAAGGUUAUGGAGUGAGUUAUUGCCUAACAUUGUUGUGUCAAAACCAUGCACUGAUCUUUGCUGUAAAUGUCAGAACUAUGCAUUUAAAAUAUCAAACAGUGGACAUCUUACCGAAGAAGAAAAAAGUGAUUUGCUAGAUAAAUAUAAUACACAUGUUCAGCUAGCAAAGGAACAAAGAGACUAUUACAGGAGACAGUGCUCUAUGAGCAAAGAAAACUAUAUUAAUUUUCCGGAUGAAGGCAAAAAUCCAGGAAAUCCUCCAUGCUCAGUUGAAACAGAAAUGCAUUACUCUUGGGACUAUGCACAACAAGUCCAUUUCCCGCACCAUGCUCAGCAGGUUGGACCAAUUUACUUCAAGACUCCUAGAAAGUGUAAUGUGUUUGGGAUGUGCUCUGAAGGAUCAGGUAAACAGACAUUUUAUUUGGUUGAUGAAGAAGAGAAUCCAGGGAAAGGGGCUAACAGUGUUGUAAGCAUGGUGCACCACUACCUAAUGUACUAUGGACAUGGGGAGACUAAUGGAAAGUUCCACUUUGAUAACUGUUCUGGACAGAAUAAAAACAAUGUUGUACUGUGGUAUGCCCUGUGGAGAGUUCUAACAGGAUUACACAAGUCCAUAGAGUAUUCUAUGAUGAUUGUCGGUCACACUAAGUUUGAACCUGACUGGCACUUUGGAGUAUGGAAGGUAAAAUGGCGCAACUCUGCAGCUGAAACAAUGGAAGAUAUUGCAGAAAGUGUGAACAAAUCUAGCAGAAAUGGUCAUAAUAUAUCCCAGUUAGUGAAAGAUAUAGAGAAACCAGUGAUAUUUUUUGAUUGGAAAAAAUACCUUCAGCAGUAUUUUAAAACACUGAAGCAUAUCAGCACAUAUCACCACUUUACGGUUGAUUCAACCAAACCUGGAUAUGUUGUUUGUAAAGAGUCCUGUGACUCUGUACCUAUAACAGUCAAUUUGUUAAAAAAGAAUACUAUUAUACCAAUGGAUACUAUGCCGAACACUUUGACACCAAAAGGAUUAGAUGCAGCCAGACAGUGGUAUUUGUACGAACAAAUCAGAGAAUUCUGCUAUAAUGACGCAAAUAAAGAUGUCAGUUGUCCAAAGCCAACAUGUGCUAAAAAUGAGGUUGACUUGACCAGUGAUGUGGAUACCAGAACACACAAAUGUCCAUCAAGGAAGCAGAAUCUACUUAAUUAAAUUACCCUUAAAUAUAUUUUUGUGUUCUUUACUAAUAUAAAUUAAUAAUAAUAUCAAACUGAAGGCUAUUGUCAACAAUAUAAAGGAUAGACAUGUGGUUUGAUUUUCAACGAGACAACUAUCCAUGAAAGUUCAAAUGAUGUGAAUUCAAUCACUUUUAAAUUAUGUUGAUUUAUGCAUAGGCAACUGUACAGUCUAAAAGGAUAACAAAACAAAAAACAUACUGUGUAGUUGGCUGUUAGGAUCUGAUAUGAAAAAAAAUAAUCAAUUUAGAAAAUUAAAAGACCUAAUUUAAAGCAAAAUAAUUUACCAAAAAAAAUAGGACAUACAUGUACAUGUACCAACAACAACCACAUCACUACUAGCUCCAGCUUUGGGAAGGCAACACACAACCUGUUCAUUUGUUAUAAGGUGUCACAGGAGACAGCACAAUACCAAUAGAAACAACACACAAAACCAUGUGUAAAGUAUGAAAUAAAAGGUAAAAAACUGAAGAAAAAAAAAUCUUGAUUUUUGUUUCCAUGGUAACCAUAUAUUUACCAUGCAUUGUCAGCAAGUUGAUAUUUAUGUUAACAAGGCAGCUAUUUAGAAUGUUGAUAGAAAAUACAAUUUUAAAGUUUGACUCAUUUAAUAGUAAUCCAUUCAAAAUGACAAAGAAAAUAAUUAAUAACAAUUAUUUUGUCUGAAUUUCGAUUUUUUUUAAUUCGAUAUAUGCAUCCAAAUACAUCCAGAAUUAGAAUGUGCUGUAAAUUUGAAACCAGUUGAGAUAUCAUCAUAAAAUUUUGUAUUCAUGGUAAGCACAUUAGUAGCAAUGAAAAAAUGCAAAAAACUGAAAAUAUGUAUAUUGCUCAUCUGGACCCAUUUUCUCAGUCACAGUC